AUUACUUGCCUCUAUGAUAUGGACAUUGUCUUUGAGCCUAAUGGAGUCUUUAACGAAGAAGAGCUCAUGGAGGCAGACCUUCACGCUAUUGUUCAAGUGGGCAUAAUGAGUGGUGCAGGGCUGACUCUACGUUUCCAGAGCUUUAUGUAUCAAACCCUUUGCGGUCUCAAGUACAUUCACUCUGCCAAUGUCCUUCACCGUGACCUUAAACCCGGCAAUAUCUUGCUCAAUGCAG